AAGUUAUUGUCUUUGUAAUUUAUUUAAGCAUUUAGAUUUUAAAUAUGCUUAGUGUAGAUCACUAAAUCGACUUACAGUUUAGUCCACAGCUAUGUUUCCUGUAUUUGAGGAAUUUGUUCUCUAUUUCUAUUGUUGUCAAUAUCCUUGUUUCAACCACAUUGCUUCCAGUUUUCUGACUGAAUGCUUGGACCUUUUGUUUUUUGUUUUCCCUUUCAUAGCCAUCACAUUGUGCUCAUACAGGCAUUAAAUUUCAGAGGUUGAGAAAAGCCAACAUUUUUACUCAAUAUUAAUAACAAAGUUGUUUGGUUUUGCAUUUUGUCAUUCUGGACAGCUCUAUUGAAUUAAGUUUCCUGUUUAAACAAAGAGGUGCAAAAAAACCCUAAUUAGUUCCCCAGGGAGCCUUAAAUGACAAACUCAACUAUCCUCCAAUCAUGAUCUACAGUAAAAUAUGUCAGAUAAACAACAUGUCCACUGAUUUGGUUUAAUUGCCUGCUUUUACCCUAUAUAUCAAAAAAAGUGAACUUGUGAAAAGUAAACUAAUGUUUCUUAAAUGUCUUAGGCCUACAAAUGACCAGAUGGAUUUAUGAAGAGAUUAUAUUUCUCAUAGGUAGACUUUGUUAACUUCAAAUCAUAACUUCUGAGGGCAAAUGCGUUGAAUUUCUUGAAGGGUUACAGAUUUAAAAUGACUUGAUAUUGUGUCAGAUAUGUGUUUCCCAACUUCCCACCAGGCAACACAGGCAGAGGGUCAGAUUUAUCCAGCGUUUUGUUCUUUAUUGAUUCCUUUCUUUUCCCGUCCAACGCUUGGUUGCUUGUGAGCAAACGAGGUUAAAGUAAACAGAGGGAAGAGGGGUGACUGACACAUGUUUCCAAUAACCGGAGCGCGUGGUUUAUCAUUACCUCCUCAGUCUGUCUGCUGGCAGAACAGAGACAGCAUGAAGUUGUGUUUGAUCCUCCUGCUCUCGUUGAGCGCCAAGGCCUUCGCUGAGCAGAUCUUCACCGAGUCAUGUCUGGACCGAUGUGAAAACGGCUUUCAGGCUCAGAGGACGUGCCAGUGUGACUCCAUGUGCAAGUAUUACAAAAGCUGCUGCUCUGACUAUGAGACCGUCUGUGGCAUGACGACUCGUGGCGACACGUUUGUGUUUGCAGAGGAUGACGACGAUGACGAUUUGUUUGGAAGCACCACUUCAACCCCAAAAGGUCCCGCCGAUGUUGCGUCCACCCAGCCUCCCGUCUCAGACUUCAACCAAAGAGUGCAUCGACCUCCAGAGACCAAUCUGAAAAUGACAAAACCUCCACGGCUGGUGAACCAAAGACUGACUCCCGAAAGUGAGCUCGCUGCCACGACUGGAGCUCCUCUGGUUCCUUCAGCCACCACCAAUGCUCCCAAAACCACAGCAGCCACCACCACUGUUGGCGUCACCACAGCAGCUCCUGACCCGGACGCUCAGGUCUGCAGUGGGAGGUCUUUUGACUCCUUCCUGCAGCUUAAAAAUGGCUCCAUCUACGCCUUCAGAGGGGAGUACUUCUUUGAGAUGGACCAGAAGUCGGUUCUUCCCGGUUACCCAAAGCUGAUAAAAGAUGUGUGGGGCAUCAGCGGGCCAAUCGACGCUGCAUUCACUCGCAUCAACUGUCAAGGGAAGACCUACAUGUUUAAGGGGAACAAGUACUGGAGGUUUGAUGACGGCGUCCUGGAGGACGAUUAUCCGCGGGACAUCAGCGUUGGCUUUGACAAGAUUCCUGACCAUGUGGAUGCAGCAUUCGCCCUUCCUGCUCACAGCCACCAUGGAAAAGAGAAAGUUUACUUCUUCAAAGGUGACCAGUACUAUGUGUACGAGUUUUUGCACCAACCCUCCCACGAGGAGUGUGUCGCCAUGUCUGAGAGGUCUCCGUCCACGCUGUUCAGGCGCUACACAGAUAUGUACUACAGCAACUAUGAGCGAUUCUUCAGCGAACUUUACUCUGACUUGCCUCAGCAUCACGACAAGCAUCACUUCAUCAACAAAGACUGGAAAGGCCUCAGGUCUCCAGUGGAUGCUGCCAUGACCGGCAGGAUCUACGUCGCUCCUUUGAGAUCGUCAACGCGGCCCGACCAGCAGUGGGGGCAGCAGUACCAGCAGAAUGGAUGGCAGAGAGGUCGUAGGCGACAGAACCGCUCUCCUUCCUGGGGGUCCAUGGCCGAGCGGGGCAUGAGCAUGGGCCAGGGGUUCGCUGAGAGGGGCAUGGAAAUGGGUCUGAGAUUGGCAGAGAGGAGGAUGGAGAUGGAGGAGAGGCUGGGCCGGGACUGGGACCUGGACAGACGAUGGAAUCAGGACUGGGACCAGAACAGAAGGUGGGACCGGGACUGGGACCGUUACAACCAGAACAACAGAGGCAACUACGACACCAGGAACGAUCGAUUCUUCCAGGGGGAGAUGCCCAUCCAGAGUGUGUACUUCUUUAAAGCAGAUAAAUACUACAGAGUUGACCUCAGGACCAAGAGAGUUGACCCUGCUAUGCCUCCAUACCCCAGAUCCAUCGCCAAGUACUGGCUCGGCUGUCCAGACCCAUCCAGAGCAGAGAAGAAGUAGUUCUAACAUUUUCUUACUACUUUUCAUUUGUGUGUGUCAUGCAAGUUUAAAAUAAUGUGUCACGGAUGAGUCGUUUUCACAGAAACCGUCUGUGCUGGUUGUGAAAAGUUCACUAAACUUCGGCAGGGUAGCUAAUAAAAGUCAGCAAACGGCAGCAGUCAGAGAAAGUCCAAACGGUCAAAGUUCAGACGGCUGAUUUUCUGAGUGGCUAGCUUGUGUGUUUACGGCGUCAGCUGAUCGACUUUAUCAAACACAGAGCAGACUUGGUUCAGACGGUAAAAGAUAGAAAAGACCUAACACUAUAUUCUGGUUUAAAACUACAACUGUGUACUAAAUCUUUUUCUUUUUUUUUUUCUUUUGUGUUUUCUAUCUGUAACUUUGAGUUUGUGGCGUGAAUGAAACCCAAUAAACUUAAGAGAUGUUAUUGCCGAACAGCAGUGCUUCAUGCUGGGUGGUUUCCUGUUUCAGGGAAUGUUGACAUUAAAGCUGUGGAUGUGGAAACA